AUGGGCUGCUGUGGUGGCAUGGGAGCCUUGGGUUCGCUCUGGGUUUUCUUCACUCUCAUCACGCCAGGAGUUCUUGGUCAGUGUAAGUCGCUGCCAAAGUAUCAUUUUGCUAAGCCUAAAAUUAUGAGUGAUAAGUCUGAGUUUGCUGUUGAAACAACUUGGGAAUACAAAUGCCUCCCUGGGUAUACUGGGAAGCCAUUCCUAAUCACCUGCUUAGAUACCUCCAAGUGGUCAGAUGCUCAGCAGUUCUGUAAACGUAAAUCAUGUACAAAUCCUAAAGAACUCCUCCAUGGCUCUGUGCAUAUAAACACGGGUAUCAAGUUUGGGUCAACAAUUACGUAUUCUUGUAAUAAAGGAUAUCGACUCAUUGGUGAAUCAUCUGCUACAUGCAUUGUCUCAGACAAUCGUGUAAUUUGGGAUAAUGACAUGCCUUAUUGUGAAUCUAUUCCUUGUGACUCACCUCCAGCCAUCACCAAUGGGGACUUCUACAGCAGCAGUAGAGACAGCUUUUUCUAUGGAAUGGUAGUAACUUAUCAUUGCCAUGUUGGAAAGAAUAGGGAAAAACUGUUUGACAUGGUGGGAGAGAAGUCAAUAUAUUGCACCAGCAAAGACAAUCAAGUUGGCAUCUGGAACAGUCCACCCCCUCAGUGUAUUGGUAUAGUCAAGUGUCCAGUGCCAGAAAUUGAAAAUGGAGAUGUGGAGUCUGGAUUUAAACGCUCCUUCUUCUUAAAUGAUACAGUAAUGUUUAAGUGCAAGUCUGGCUUUACUAUGAAAGGCAGCAGUAUAGUGUGGUGCCAGCCAGACGGAAAAUGGAGCCCUCCACUGCCAACAUGCUUCAAGGGAUGUCUACCACCUCAAAAUAUUCACCAUGGCGAUUAUAACAAAAAAGAUAAGGAAUUCUUUUCUGUUGGCCAGGAAGUGUCAUAUAGCUGUGAACCUGGCUAUACUCUCAUUGGAACUAAACUUGUGCAGUGUACAUCCUCGGGAACCUGGAGCCAUGCAGCCCCAACAUGUGAAGUGAAAUCAUGUGAUGUCAUUCCAAACCAACUUCUCAAUGGCCAGGUGUUUCUUCCUCCUAAUCUCCAGCUUGGGGCAGAGGUUUCCUUUGUUUGUAAUCAAGGGUUCCAGUUAAAUGGCAAAUCUUCUAGUCAGUGUGUCCCAGAAGGAGAGACAGUAAUCUGGAAUAAUAAGUUUCCUGUCUGUGAACAGAUUUCUUGUGACCAUCCUCCUAAAGUUGAAAAUGCUCGGAUACCCCAUUACACUGUUCCCAUACCCCUUCAAACUCUUGUGGUGUACAAUUGUUUACCUGGCUUCCGCCUCAUUGGAGAAAAGACUAUUUUUUGUAUAAGUAAAGAUCAAUCGAGUGGCACUUGGGAUAAAGCUCCUCCUGUAUGUGAAAAAUUGAAUAGAAAUUCUGAAUGCUCAGAGCCCAGAGUACCAGGAGGAUUCAAAGACAGAAAAUCUAGACCACCAUUCAGACAUGGUGAUUCUGUGACAUUUACUUGUAAAGCCAACUUCACCAUGAAAGGAAGCAAAACAGUCUGGUGCCAAGCAAAUCAAAUGUGGGGACCAACACCACUACCAAUCUGUGAGAGCGAUUUCCCUCUAGAGUGCCCAUCACUUCCCAUGAUCCACAAUGGAAACCACACAGGACAGCAUGUUGGCCAGUUUGUGGCAGGGUUGUCUGUGACAUUCAGCUGUGAUCCUGGUUAUUUGCUUAUUGGACAAAAGACAGUUAAGUGCUUAUCUUCAGGAGACUGGGAUGGUGUCAUCCCCACAUGCAAAGAGGCCAAGUGUGAACCUCCAGGACAGUUUCUCAAUGGGCAGAUAAAAGAGCCUCUGAGUCUUCAGGUUGGCAAAACUGUGUACUAUUCCUGUAAUGAAGGGUACCGAUUACAAGGACAACCUUCUAGUCAGUGUGUAAUUGUUGAACAGAAAGCCAUUUGGACCAAGAAGCCAGUAUGUAAAGAAAUUCUCUGUCCACCACCUCCACCUGUUCUUAAUGGAAGACAUACAGGCAGCUUUUCAGCAAAUGUACCAUAUGGAAGCACAGUUACCUACACCUGUGACCCAAGCCCAGAGAAAGGAGUGAACUUCAUUCUUGUUGGAGAGAAUACUAUCAAUUGUACCAGCAACAGUAAUAAGAGUGGGAUCUGGAGUGGCCCUGCUCCACAUUGUGAACUUUCGACUUUUGAAGUUCAAUGUCUGCAACCCCAGAUAGACAGAGGGCAAAUAUCUAUUUUAAAAGAUAGAUAUUCCUAUAAUGAUACUGUGACAUUGUCUUGUGAAUCUGACUUCAACUUGAAGGGCAGCAGAAGAAUUCGAUGCAAUGCCCAGGGCAAAUGGGAGCCAUCGGUACCAGCGUGUGAAAAGGAAUGUCAAGCUCCUCCUAAAAUCAUCAAUGGGCAAAAAGAAGACAGGCAGUUCCUCAACUUUGACCCUGGAACAUCCAUAAGAUACAGCUGUGACCCUGGCUAUUUACUGGUGGGAGAGGACACUAUACACUGUACUCCUGAGGGGAAGUGGACACCCACUGCCCCCCAGUGCAAAGUUGCAGAGUGUAAGCCAGUAGGACCACAUCUCUUUAAGAGGCCUCAGAAUCAGUUUAUUAGGACAGCUGUUAAUUCUUCUUGUGAUGAAGGGUCCCAGUUAAGUGAGAGUGCUUACCAACUGUGUCAAGGUACAAUUCCUUGGUUUAUAGAGAUUCGUCUUUGUAAAGAAAUCACCUGUCCACCACCUCCUAUUAUCCACAAUGGGAAACAUACAGGGAGUCCCUCAGAAGAUGUCCCAUAUGGAACUAUGGUCACCUAUAUGUGUUAUCCCGGGCCAGAGGAAGGAGUGCAAUUCAACCUCAUUGGGGAACGCACUAUCCGUUGUACAAGUGACAACAGAGGAAGAGGAUCCUGGAGUGGCCCUGCUCCUCUCUGUAAACUUUCUCUCCCUGCUGUUCAGUGCUCAGAUGUCCAUGUGGCAAAUGGAUAUAAGCUCACUAACAAUAGUGCCCCAUAUUUCUACAAUGAUAGUGUGACAUUCAAGUGUAAUAAUGGAUACAUUUUGAAUGGAAGUAGCCAGAUUCGUUGUAAAGCCAAUGACACCUGGGAUCCUGAAAUACCACUUUGUGAAAAAGAAGGAUGUGAGCCUGUGAGAGAACUUCACGACCUUCCAGAUGAUUCUCAUGUAAAACUAGUGAAUACUGCCUGUGAACAUGGGUACCAGUUGACUGGACAUACUUAUGAGAAGUGUCAAAAUGCUGAGAAUGUGACUUGGUUCCAAAAGACUGCAGUUUGUAAAGUUAUUCUCUGUCAACCUCCACCAAUGGUCAAAAAUGGGAAGCACACAGGCAUGACGGCAAAGCACUUCCUGUAUGGAAAUGAAGUCUCUUAUGAAUGUGAUCCAGGGUUCAAUCUUCAGGGAGAGAAAAGUCUGCAGUGCAGAAAUGGUCCUAAAGGACAUGGAUCUUGGAGUGGACCUCCACCAAAGUGCUCAAAAUCUUCUCCAAAUCAUUGCCCUGAUCCGGAAGUCAAGCAUGGAUACAAACUCAAUAAAACUCAUUCUGCAUAUUCCCAUUAUGACACAGUACAUGUUGCCUGCAAUCCUGGCUUCAUCAUGAAUGGCAGCCACUUGAUAAGGUGUCAUACCAAUAACACAUGGGUGCCAGGUGUACCAACUUGUAUCAGAAAAGCUUUCUUAGGGUGUCCUUCUCCAUCCACAAUCCCCAAUGGGAAUCAUACUGGUGGAAAUAUAAUUCGAUUUUCCCCUGGAAUGUCAAUCAUGUACAGCUGCUACCCAGGUUACCUUCUAGCUGGAGAGGCACUUCUUCUCUGUACUCAUGAGGGUACCUGGAGCCAGCCUGCUCCUUAUUGCAAAGAGGUAAACUGUAGCUUCCCUGAGGACACAAAUGGAAUCCAGAAGGGACUCCAGCUUGGGAAAAUGUAUCGGUAUGGAACUACUGUGACUUUGGAAUGUGAAGAUGGGUAUACCUUAGAGGGCAGUCCUCAGAGCCAGUGCCAGGAUGACCACCAGUGGAACCCUCCCCUGGCUAUCUGCAAAUACCGGUCAACUAUUCCUCUUAUUUGUGGUGUUUCUGCAGGCUCAGUAGUUAUCAUUUUGGUUGUUAUCGUCUUCUGUAUGAUGUUAAAAUAUAGAGAACGCAACUAUUAUACAAAAACAAGGCCUAAAGAAGGAGCUUUUCAUUUAGAAACACGAGAAGUAUAUUCUGUUGAUCCAUAUAACCCAGCAAGCUGAUAACAUGACAAGAUGGUAUAUAAUGAAACUAAAAUUCAUUAUUAAUAUGUAUGUCAAGAUUUUCUUUAAUAUUUUCUCAUAGUGUUUCUUAAGCAUUAUCUUAAGUAAAUAUUGUUUGAUAUCAGUCUUUAAUAGCCAUGUAUAAUAUUAUUAACUUACCCAAUUCAUAUUGCCAACUGAAGGUCUUAGUUUAAAAACUUGUCUGUUCAGUAAAUAUGUAACAAAUGUGAUUAACAAGAUUAUUAAGAAUAAUUUUAAAUGAUUAAGAAUGAAAUAAUUCAGACAUUAUGGCAUGUAUUAAUAAUUCUGGCACUUGGGAAGUAGAAGAAAUAUCAGGAAUUAAAGGCCGGCCUCAGCUACAUAGUGAAUUUUGAGGACAGGGUUGCAUGGAUGAGUCCCUGUCUCAAAAGGGGGUGGGAGAUAAGAAUAAAAUAUCAUUAAAGACAAAUAAACAGGGAAAGAGGAUAGAGAGAAGAAAGUGAAUACAUAGAAAGUAUUCACUAAGAAAAUGGCAUUUGUGCAAAGACUGCAGAAAAGUAGGGAGCCAGCCAAGUAGCUACAUAGAAGAGCAUUCAAGGAAUAUACAAACAAGAGCAAGUUCAAAGACUAAGGUCUUGCUGUGUUGACAUAACAAGGUGGUUUAUGUGGCCUAGAGUAGAUUGAUCAAAUAGGAAAAAACAUACUCAGAGAGGUACUUGGGAAGGAGCUGGAUGAUUAGAUAGGGUGGGCUAGGUCAUUCUAAUAAGUUAUUAUUUUGAGACAGGAAGGACCACCUGAGUUUUAAGCAGAAGAAUAACAUAAUCAUCUUAACUGCUGGGUUAAGAAGAGGCUAUAGGAAGUUAAGGGUGGAAGAAGGGAAUCAACAAGGAGGCUGAUAAAAUAAUCCUGGCAAGAAACAACAGCCUGGCAAGAAGAGGCCAUAUUCUGCAUGCAUUUUUAAGAUAAUAACAAGAGGGCUAGAUAAUGGUUUGUAUCUGGAUUUAAAGGAUCUGAAAGGUACCAAUAAUGAUGCCAGGGAUUUGGGACCUUAGCCACUGGAAUGAUAAUGUUGCUAUUAAGAUGAUUCAGAAUGUGAUAAGUAGACUAGGGAGAAAUCAGUUCUGCUUUGGGGAUGCUAAAUGUGAGAUAUCUAAUAAAUAAUCAAGUAAAAGUAUCCAGAAGGCAGCUGACAAAUUCACAUUCCAAGCAUCACAGAUGAUACUGAACAUGCAAAUACAUACAUAAUAAAGAUACUGAAUCAGAUCAUCAUAGAGUUUAAAGAGGCCACAGAAGAGAAAAAGCCCAAGUAUCAAGCCUUAUGACUUCUAAUGUGAGGAGCUGAAAAAGAAGGAAGACUAGCAAAAGAGGCAGCCUCUGAUGCAAGAGAUACCCAAGUGUGGUGUGCAGUGGUACAGAGAGUUUAGGGAAGAGGGAAAGGACAACUAUGAAAUUGCUGUUGACAGCUUAAAAAUGAUAAACAAUGAAAACUGAUCAUUGGAUUUAGCAGCACAAAAUUUGUUGAUGAACUUAACAAAAAUAAUUUUAGUAUAAAUAAAGGAGAAAGAAGUUGGAUUAACCUUAAGAGGAAAUGAAAGAACAGAAAAUGAAGUAACAACUAUAGAUAUCUGUGCUAUCUCUAGGAGUUUUUCUAUAAUGGGUCAGAAAAUCACAGCAAAAAUAAAGGAAUGACUCUUGAAUAAUUAAUAGAUGUGUCUAUGCCACAGUUCCUAUAAGCUGAUGGAGACAAUCUAGUAGAAAGAGAAAAAAAUAAAAACAAGGAAGUAAUAAAGAAUUUCUGGGCCAGAAUUUUAGUGGAGGAGUUCCUCAGAUGGGAAUAAAGGUUCAGUCACAAAAUAGAAACUAUAAUAAAACAGAAACAAGGAAGAUGCUCCCAUAUGAUGUGAUGGCGAAUGCACAGCCAUUCUCCUUUAAUGGUGUAGCUUGCAAUGACUAGGAAGCGAACUGAUUUGAUGAGAAUAAGACUGGGGAAGAUUCUAGAAAUUAAAAGAAAGGAGGAAAUAUUGAAGUUAGUUGGAUGUAGAAGAUUGAAUGAUGAAAAGUACAGAAGGGUGAGCAAGCACUAUUUAUAAUCUACCUAAAGUACCAGAAAAAUGGGAGUGGACACCAAAAGGUAUACUUUGCUGAGACUCUUUGAUGCCAUAUCUCACUCAGAACGACUUCUCUACCAUUUUGAAAGAUAGUUAUUGAUAGCUCAAAAAUGACAAGAAAUGAAAAUUGAUCUUUAGACUUAGCAGCACAAAAUUUGUUGAUGAAAUUGACAAGACUUCUUGUAGAAUAAAGGGAAAAGAUAAUACCAAGCUGAAGUAAUAGUCCAGAUAGAGAAACUAAAGCUAAAAUAUUCUCUUGGCCUAAGAAUUCAGAAUCAGGGUCUGGAAAAAUGAAUGAUUCAGAGGUUAACAGCACUUAUUCCAUUUGCAGAGGACCCAGGUUUAAUUCCCAAAACCUUCAUGGGCUCACAAUCAGUUGUGACUACAUUUGCAGAAUAUCUGAUGCCUUCUACUGAUUUCUGUGAACUUUUGCAAACAUGUAGUGUUCAUGCAUACAAUGAGCACACAUUCAUAUGCAUAAAUUCUUUAAAAGAGAAUUUAGGAUCAGUUGUGGCUUUAAACUGAUUCCUAUAUAUUUGACAGAUACUUUACAUUCUUGGACUCACUUUAUUAGGCAAAAAGACAUACAUAUAAUAGAGUAAGAAUAAGUGUACAAAGAAACUAUUGUAGUAUUUGAAGAGAAAAACUUAUGCAGCUGGAAAUUUUCCCAGUCCCAUGGGGGUCUGUAGCCACUCAGACCCAAGUAAACACAUAGAGACUUAUAUUACUUAUAAACUGUAUGGUCAUGGCAGGCUUCU